CUCAAGCCUUCGCCGCCCCCCGCCGCCAGAGAAAAUCCCCCAUCCUUCUCUCCUCAAUCUUCAUCUCCCCAUGGCCCCAUCGCAUGGCCCGCCGUGCGCCACCACCCCGUCGCGCCCCUAUACCGGCCCUGCUCCACCGCGUAGCCUCUUCCUCCCCUUCUCCCCAACAUCGGUGACCGAGUCGGACCAUCCGGCGGUGGGCACGAUGUCCUCUCGCAGAUCUGACUGCCGCCACCGUCGCCUUCUCAACGCCACCUCGAGCUCCCCCACGACGCGGUUGUCCCUGACGAGCACCACCCUGACACUACGUCACCGGCGAGCUCCUCCCCGACGGCCCCAUACUCUUCUGCACCGCCCCCGCCCCCUCCUCUCCUGCCCCUCGAGCACUACGGCGAGGAUAACGGCAUCCACCUCCCCGCUAGAUCAAGAUCGCGCCCACCACCUCGACUUCUCUCCAAAGAUCCUGGAAGCGAGGCUCGUCUCUGUGAUUUGCUUGUCAAGAAAUUAUGCAUAGGUUACUUCACUACUGCUCUCGGCUAGCUUGACGUUGUGGCAGAAUAUCAGUUUCCCCUUUGCACAUCCGCCCAUGUAGGUUUAGUAGUACAUGUCUAUUCAUUUAGGUGUUUCCGCUUGCACGUUUCCAGAUCCAGAGCUUACAAGUCUAUCAAUUUAGAUGUUCAGCGUGCCCGUUAUGUCCAGAUCUAGAACUUAAAAGUAGCAUUUUCACAUACAAGAUCUAGUGGGUAAAUCUUUUAAGUUCAAGUUCAGAAUUAAAGACAGAUAUAUGGCUACUAUGAUGCAGGUUGUCCAUGCUAAUAGUGGCGGAGCUUGAAAGAAAUCUUAGGAGGGGCGAAGGUAAAACAAAAAAUCAAAUACAAAUACACGUAUAAGGGAUGCAAGUGGAGGCAUCUGCAUGUCCGCGAAGCAAAAAUUGCAUUAAUCUUUGUUAGUUUAACAACCCUCUUAGAUUAUUUUUCUGUUCGCGGUCACUCACGGAUAUGCGGACGCCAUCCACUUAAACAAGUUAGAUUUUGCAGAAUACUGAGAACAUAGAUAAUUACAUUGAUCCUAUCCACAUUAGCUUACAAAAUACAUUUCUAACAUUAAUUAUAUAUAAGCUACUUGGUAACAAAUGAAACUAAACCAAAAUACUAAAUAAAUAUGUAGUAUUGAGUUAAUCACUAAGGAUCAGCUCUUUGUUUCUUCCCGCUCCUAAAUUGCAUAAGAAAUUGUUGACUGUGAUUUUACUCUCCGUGCUUAACAUAAGCUACUGGAUAAAAAAUCAUCUUCCAACAUAUUACGUAGCAUUGUCUUAAUAAUCUUCGAAGUAGAAAAUACAAGCUUGGCACUUCAGUAUAGCAGGAUUAAAUUCCCAGUGGGGAGAGUGAGGCUAGACUGCUCUUGCUGCUCAUAGCCUCACUUGU